AGUCCUAUCCUUGCCAUGGCUCCCGGAGAGAAGAUCAAAGCCAAAAUCAAGAAGAAUCUGCCUGUGACAGGCCCUCAGGCACCUACCAUUAAAGAGCUCAUGCAGUGGUACUGCCUCAACACCAACACCCACGGCUGCCGUCGCAUCGUGGUGUCCCGCGGCCGCCUCCGGCGCCUCCUCUGGAUUCUGUUCACGCUGACUGCCGUGGCCCUCAUUUUCUGGCAAUGUGCCCUCCUCAUCUUCUCUUUCUACACCGUCUCUGUUUCUAUCAAAGUCCACUUCCAGAAGCUGGAUUUUCCUGCUGUCACCAUCUGCAACAUCAACCCCUACAAGUACAGCAUGGUGCGUGACCUUCUAGCAGACUUGGAGCAGGAGACCAGAGCGGCCUUGAAGUCCCUGUAUGGCUUUUCAGAGAUCAAGUCUCGGAAACGCCGAGAGGCAGAGUCCUGGAGUACAGCCUGGGAAGGCAUACGGCCCAAAUUCCUCAACCUGGUCCCUCUGCUGGCCUUCGACCAAGAUGAGAAGGACAAGGCCAGGGACUUCUUCACGGGACAGAAGCGCAAGGUCAGCGGGAGUGUCAUCCACAAGGCUUCGAAUUUCAUGCAAGUCCAUGAGUCCAAGCAGGUGGUGGGAUUCCAACUGUGUCCAAAUGACACCUCUGACUGUGCCACCUACACCUUCAGCUCGGGGGUCAAUGCCAUUCAGGAGUGGUACAAGCUGCACUACAUGAACAUUAUGGCACAGGUGCCUCUGGAGAAGAAAAUCAACAUGAGCUAUUCUGCUGAGGAGCUGCUGGUUACCUGCUUCUUUGAUGGGAUGUCCUGUGAUGGCAGGAAUUUCACGCUUUUCCACCACCCAAUGUAUGGGAAUUGCUACACUUUCAACAACAGACGAAAUGAGACCAUCCUCAGCACCUCCCUUGGGGGCAGUGAAUACGGGCUGCAAGUCAUCUUGUACAUAGAUGAAGAGGAAUAUAACCCCUUCUUUGUGUCCUCCACUGGGGCUAAGGUGAUUGUCCACCGGCAGGAUGAAUACCCUUUCAUCGAAGAUGUGGGGACAGAGAUUGAGACUGCAAUGGCCACCUCCAUAGGAAUGCACUUGACAGAGUCCUUCAAGCUGAGUGAACCCUACAGUCAGUGCACAGAGGACGGGAGUGAUGUGCCGAUCACAAACAUCUAUGAUGCUGCCUACUCCCUCCAGAUCUGCCUUCACUCGUGCUUCCAGACAAAGAUGGUGGAGAAGUGUGGGUGUGCCCAGUACAGCCAGCCCCUGCCUCCAGCAGCCAACUACUGCAACUACCAGCAGCACCCAAACUGGAUGUAUUGCUACUACCAGCUGCACCAGGCCUUUGUCCAGGAGGAGCUGGGCUGCCAGUCAGUGUGCCGGGAAGCCUGCAGCUUUAAGGAGUGGACCCUGACCACCAGCCUGGCACAGUGGCCCUCUGUGGUUUCGGAGAAGUGGUUGCUGCCUGUUCUCACGUGGGACCAAGGCCAGCAAAUAAAUAAAAAGCUCAACAAGACAGACUUGGCCAAACUCUUGAUAUUCUACAAAGACCUGAACCAGAGAUCCAUUAUGGAGAGCCCAGCCAACAGUAUUGAGAUGCUUCUGUCUAACUUCGGUGGCCAGCUGGGCCUGUGGAUGAGCUGCUCUGUCGUCUGCGUCAUCGAGAUCAUCGAGGUCUUCUUCAUCGACGCCCUCUCCAUCAUUGCCCGCCGCCAGUGGCAGAAAGCCAAGGAGUGGUGGGCCCGGAGGCAGGCACCUCCCUGCCCCGAGGCUCCCCCCAGCCCUCGGGGUCAGGACAACCCGGCCCUCAAUAUAGACGAUGACCUGCCCACCUUCACCUCUGCUUUGCACCUGCCUCCAGCCCCCGGGAUCCAGGUGCCCGGCACGCCGCCCCCCAGAUACAACACCUUGCGCUUGGAGAGGGCCUUUUCCAACCAGCUCACAGACACCCAGGUGCUGGAUAAACCCUGAGGCAGGGUAGAGAAGAAAGAUCUAGUCAGGACCAACCAUGGUCUAAGGACUCCCAGACACAGAGGGGACCCUCUGCCCCUGCUCUGGGCUUUUCAGAGACACUGACUAGAAGCCUGCUUUGAACAACAAGGUGGAGCCUGAGCAUGUGCAGGGGACCCGUCGGACCUUGUCCAGCAACAUUCACAGCUGUCCAGGGUGAGAU